UCUUCCAAGAGCGGCCGUUACUUUCCGCCAAAAAUUGUUUUUUUCAAGCAAAUACUACAUUUUUAUUUUAUCCACAAUUACUCGGUUCAGUGUCGACGAACACCGUUCCCAUGUAGUUUCAUUCUCUUCACCAUUACGUAGCACCUGUUAACUACAACCUGUACAUAUUUAAUUAGUCCUGAGACUAGACUAGCGUUUGUCAAUGCAUAACAACAGCGGUUGUCGCCCGAGACGCACGCGCGCUCUCCGAACCUUCUCGAACAAGGAGCCUCGCAAAUCGAAACGAAAUUACAAUUAUGAAAUCGUAGUCAAAUUAAAUCAUAUUAAUAAAAGUGUAUUCGAAGAGUUUUACCGCCAAAUUCGAAAUUGGAAUUCGAAUCGUGUUUAUUUUUUUCUAAUAAAACAGCGCAUGCAUUAGUUUAACGCGGCUUGAAUUCGAAAUACGAAAUUUGAAAAACGUAUUAGACGUAACAAAAAGGCAAAGAGGUUUUACCAGAAGAUUCUGUGUUGGAAUUUUAAUUGUGUCAAAGUUGAUGGAAAAAUAAAUAUUGAAUUUGUUUGUGUGUGAGUUUUAUUGGACUGUGCCUGGAUUUGGUUUAUCUGUAACGAGAUGACCCCUGUCGGACUACUGUUCAAAGUUAACAGUGAGGGACUAUUCACGUGUCCAGUUAACGCUUCCCCUGUCGAUUACGCAAAGAUUUAUCCCGAUCCUGAGUCUGAGAAGGCGAUAAUGGGGUCGGUGGUGUACUGCAUCCAUCACAAAGAAGGAUGUCAGUGGUCAGACGAGCUCCGCAAACUGAAGGCACAUCUAAAUACUUGCAAGCACGACGCGGUGCUAUGUGCCGCGCACUGCGGCGCCAUGAUACCGCGGGUGCUCAUGCAGGACCACCUCCGCUACACGUGCCCGCGGCGCCGGGCCAACUGCGAGCACUGCCACACCGAGUUCUCGGGUAGCGCGCUCGAGGAGCACCAAGGAAACUGCGGCCACGAGCCCAUCUACUGCGAGAACAAGUGCGGCGCCAAGGUGCAGCGCCGACACACGCAGCAGCAUCUGCAGCAGCACUGCAGCAAGCGCCUCGUGCCGUGCAGACACUGCGGCCAGAAGUACACGCAGGACACGGUGUGCGCGCACGGCGAGGGCUGUGCCCGUGCGCCCGUGCCGUGCCCGCAGCGGUGCGCCGCGCCCGUGCCGCGGGACCUGCUCGACGCGCACCUGCGGGACCACUGCACGGCCGCCGCGCUGCCCUGCUCCUUCAGGGACGCAGGAUGUAGAUUUAAGGGCAGUCGGCAGGCGGUGGAGCGGCACACGGAGGAGAGCUGCGCGCAGCACCUGUGCCUGGUGUCGGCAGUCGCGGCGCGGCAGGCGCGGCAGCUGGACGCGCUGCGGGCGGCGGUCGCGCGCCUGUCGCUCAACUGCACCGGCGCGCUCGUCUGGCGGAUCGCGGACUGGACCGCCAAGAUGGCCGAGGCCAAGUGUAAGGACGGCGUCGAGCUGGUCUCCCCCGCCUUCUACACCAGCCAGUACGGGUACAAGUUACAGGCGUCGCUCUUCCUUAACGGCAAUGGAGCUGGAGAGUCCACCCACAUGUCGGUUUACAUCAAGAUACUGCCCGGAGAGUACGACGCUUUGCUCCGCUGGCCAUUCGCCCACACUGUCUCCUUCACUCUCUUCGACCAGAGCUCCAGCCCGGACCGAGCCUGCAACAUUGUGGAGUCAUUUGUACCGGAUCCAACGUGGAAGAACUUCCAGCGACCCUCGAAAGAGCCAGACGCAUUAGGAUUUGGUUUCCCAAGGUUUGUAUCCCACGAAAUGCUCAAGAAAAGGAAUUUCGUCAAAGAUGAUAUUAUGUUUUUGAGGGUCAAAGUAGACCCGAGUAAAAUCGUUGCUGUUUAAAUUAAAAUAGUCCUAUUUUUAGUUCUUGACAACACUGCCAUUUUUUCACUGUCUAUGACAUCUGAUUCGAUUUUGACAAACUAGAUUUCAUGUCAUUAAAAUUUUAUUUUAAGGAGGGUAUGUAGAGAUUCUACCCUCUCAAAUAGUUGAAUGAUUUAUAUAAUUUUUGGUAGCAACUUAAGAUUUAAGUAGAAAUUUAAGUAAUAACAACGGCGCGCAAGUUUUGAACAAGUCAUGAUUAGCAUAAGUAAUUUAAAAGUCAUCGUUUUUAAGUGUAAAUAUUAAAAUCUUAGCAUUUACAGUAUUUUGUAUAUAAUAUCAUAAUAUUCUUGUAAAUAUUAGGAAGUUAAGAAGCGCAUAUGCAGCAUUGUUAUUCUUUCACUAAAGAUCUCUUGUGUUUCAUUGCCGAUUGGAAAAUGUGACUAAUGUUUUGAAAGGUAUAAAACUUUUUUGCUGCGAGAAAAUAUCAUGAAAAAUAUGAACAACCUGUUGAAGUCUAUGGAACUCUAACAAUAUGGAUAAUAAAGAAGUUUUAAGAUAAACGAGACUGGUAAUAUUAAAGCAGAAUAUAAACAUUUAAAAAGCAGAAGAAAGUUAAUUUUUUACCUGCAAGAAUUUUAAUGAUUUUAUCUGACCUAAAGUCGAUAAAACCACUUGUUUAGAUAAAAUAUUAUAUGUCGCUAGUAGAUUUUUUUUUAAUAAAUAAUACACAAAUUUUUAUAGGUCACUGCAAAAAUUUUGUGUAAAAUUAAAUAAGCAUGUUCUGUAGUAUUUUUGUUGGCCUUAAGUGAGUUAUGUCAAAGGCUUUUUGAAAAAUUCUCAGAACUAACAUUUUCAUUAGAUAUUUUAAAAUUUAAAACAUGUUCUCAUUGUUUUUGGUAAACCAUAUCAUGAUGGAGUCUAAAACUGAUUGUUGGCCAUUUUAAGUCUGAAGAGAAAUAAAAUAUUGAUAAUUUGCUAUUUUGUUUUUGGUUGUACCAUUGUUUCAAAUAUAGAUGUCCUAUUAUUAGGACAUAUGGUAUGUGAACUUAAAGGAAAAUGGCAAAAUUCAAAAGUCUAAAUAUUAUGUCACUCAUAAACUUCAAUGAAAUUUUGUAUUUUUCAAACAGUUGUAUUGAGUUCAAGUUACAUCGGCAGAUCUUUGUAAAUAAAUAAACAUAAUGUUUAAAUUGUUGAUAUAUUAUACCUAUAAUAAUUUUUUGCACAAAGUUAUACUUAAUGUGAACUGUACAUAUUAUAGAUAUUUGCAACGAAGUGUUUCCAUAUUCUUAAAAGCUGGAGUUAGACCAAAGUAUAGAUAUAGCUUUGCGAUUGGAUACUAAUGAAUACAAGGUCUUAGGUAUACUAAACUAAUAGUGCGUAAAAUGUUUUUGUCUUUGUUAAAAGAUGGAUGGUGGUGUAUUGCAGGUAGUCAUUGCUAAGUUCAUAAAGAUUCAUAAAGCAACAAUUUUGUUCAAGAGUACUGAUAACUAAUGAGCCGUCGUUUGUUAUAAACGUGUAACCACGACGCUGUUUAUAAGCUUUAUCAGCCAUAGAGGUAUUAUAUGCUUCUAAGUCACGGACACUUGAUGCAAUGGAAUUAAAGACUGACGUCAUUUAAGGGGAAUGAUUGGCACCAAGAAUUAGGUAUCUGCUUAUUUAAUCAAAUUAAAAAAUCUCACAAUAUGUAAUAAAUGAUUUAUUCUUUUGUUUUGAAGCACGGUGCAGUAUGUAUACAAAGACCUAAUUGUAUAUUGUACAUGAGCGAAGCAUAUCAACUUGUAUCUACAUUAAGCAGCUAAAGCUGUGUAACAUAAGAUUGUGUGUAAGGUUUAUUUGCUUUUAAAACAUGUUUUCUUUUAGUUGAUACAGUUUUAUUUUUAAAUUUGGAUACGUGAGGAAUUCUUCUUGACACGUCAGCAGAUUAAAAUGUCAUACUUGAUAAUUUGUUCAAUAAAAACUAACAGCAUUGGAAACUGAAACUUGUGUAUUCAUAAUAAUUAUCAAUUCUCGUUUAUUUAAAUUAAGAUUUUUAUAUUAUCUGUGUGUCUAAUGUUUUGGAUUAGGAUCUCUAUGAAACGCUUUCUUUUGUAAAAUUAUCUCAACCGUAAAUGUGACAUUCCAGUUAAAAACAUUAUAAAUUAAGUUUGAUUCGUAAUAAUCAUUGAUGGCCAUAACUAACUACUAGUAAUAUACAUACAUAAUUGUGAACAACAGAAGUAUAUGGGGUUUUUUGUAGUAAUUAUUUUACAUAAAUUUCCUUAAAUACAAGUUUAAUUCUUUUGAUGGAACAUACAUUUAAAGGAAUCUUACUUUAAAACAAAUGGUCGUUUUAUAAUAUACUAGACCAAUCACCUUUUGGAAACAUAGAAAAUGAUUAAUAUCCCUGUGCUUCUGUUUGAAAAUACAUGACUGAAUUCUAAGUUCAUUGACCGUUUGUUUGUAUCUUUGAUUAAAUAAUCCUUAAUUUAUGUAGGUACAUAAUUAUAUUAAAUUUCAAUAUUUCUUUGAUAGAUAAAAAUAUAAAUUAAUAUUUUAUAGUUUAUUAAUUGAAGCUGCCUAUCUAGAUUAUAAUCUAGGCUAAGUGCAUUUAAAUUUAAUAAGUACCUUAUAGUGACAUAAAUAAGACUAACAGAGCAAUUAAUUAGGUUCGUAGUUUGCGUCUUCUACUUUUUUACAUUUAAGUGAAGAAUUGUAAAUCUUGGUUUUCAGAAGAAAUAUAUUUUUUUCUUAUGAAUUUUUUAUUUUAUUUCUAUACAAAGCAAUUGUAAGGGAUUGUUAAAACGAAACUAUAUUGACAGAAAAUAACACCAAUAUGGAACUGUUAAUGUAGGGAUCAGGUAGUAGUAGCAACCCGCUCGGCGGUGUAUCGCCUUCCGACAGGCUGGUUCUGGCCCAGCGGGGUAUCCCGGAACACCAGCGCGAGGCGGCCUGGUAGGGCCGCCGUACCGCGGAGACCGACGUCGUUGGUCGUUGACUAUCGCCUCGACGACUCGUCGGUCGGGCGUCCUCGGGGUGGCGCCGCGUGUCUGGUUGUAGCGUUGACCGCGGGAACCUCCCUACUCUGACCGGGUUCUGACCCCAGACGGAGAUCGGACGUCGGGUGUAAGAACGCAGGGGUCAUUUAGUGCGGUACGGUCCUAAAAUUCCUUGGGCCCGCGGUCUCGCAUUCGCGGACCAGCCCCACAUACCCCGCCGGGGAUCUCGUAGGAGGUUCGGCCUCCGGCCCGAAAAAAUAAUAAUAAAGGGACAGGUAAUAGCAGGGGUAAGCAAUACCUCGGAUUUUUAAGCGAAACCGAUCUGGAAGCGUCAGAACACAACUUUUAUAAAGUGGCACCACACUAUAAAUCUCUUUUAAUGGCCACCGCUAAUUACACAGGUAUGCAAUGAAAUCCUCCUUUAAAAUUUUUUGUCAUAAAUAUGACGAUUUAAAUGUUCUGAAUCUAUACCCCUUGGCCGAUUUUUUCCAUCACGUCUAGAUUUUUUGAUAUGUUUUUUUUUUCAAACCUUUAUGGAACUCAAACUACUUAUGGAAUAUUUGUGCUGAUUUAAAAGUCGUCGCUAUACUCACCGGAUUACAAUGAGGGUACACAAAGUUUUGCCGUUUUCUUUGUGAGUGGGACAGUCACGCAAGAUAAAAACUUUAAAUCCUGGGCUUAAAAAUGUGUCUCAGAAACCUUUGGUGCCAAGUGAGAAAAAAUUUCUGCCACCACUCACAUAAGGUUGGGACUCAAGAAAAACUAUAUCUAAAAUUAAUAUCAAUGAAUAAUUUCAAUAUCUAAAAACCAAAAUUCCUCGAAUCAGUGACGCAAAAUUGAAGGAAGAAAUUUUUGUAGAUCAACAGAUACUUACGUGAGCUAAUGAAAGAUGAAAAUUUUAAUUCGAAGUUGAACGAAGCAGAAAAAAGAGCUUGGGCGGCUUUUGUGAAAGUUUGUCAUAAUUUUCUUGGGAACAGAAAAAAUCUCUUUCCUGAAAAUCUUGGAGCCGUAUCAGAUGAAUAUGGUGAAAGGUUUCAUCAGGAUAUAAUGCACAUUGAAAAACGCUACAGUGGGAAAUGGUCAGCAGCAGUGCUUGCUGAUUUCUGUUGGUCAAUUCGCUGAGAAACUCCAAUAGAAACGAUGACAAAUAAAAAAACCACAAAAUAAAUCUUCUCACCAUAUAAUGAGAUAACUGACCGAUAUAUAUUCAUUUUGUGACUAUAAUUUCAGAUUUUUCACUGUAAAACUUAGACCGAAAUAUGUUUUCAUUUCGUUAUGAUAAUUGAUAUUUUAAUAAUAUUGUUUGUUAAUUAAAUAAAUAUUAUAUGGGAAUCUA